GGGCCGGGCCGCGGGACUCCGGCUACUACGUUGCGCGCGGUGUGGCCGGAGCCCUCCAUGCUGCCCACCGCCUGGGAGCCAGAGGCAGGUAGGCGCGGCAGGGUGGCCGGGGCCCCGGGCCCGCGGGGGCCUGGGAGUGAUUACUGCGGGAGGGAGUUGUGGGGGAGACGCAGCCUGGCCGGACCCAGCAGGAAAAAGUCCGUCAGCGGCCCGGGAGCGCGGAGACUGCCGGCAGCCCCUCGAGCGGCUGCCUGGCUAGGCGGCCCGUGGCAAGAGGGCGGGUCGGGCAGGGAGUGGACGCGCUGGAGCGGGCAGCGGCUCAGCCGAGUCCCGAAGCCCGGCGCCCGGACCCCGCCUCCGCCCCCGCCGCCGCCGGGAAGGGAGCGGACGGGGGGGCGGGGCCGGGGGCGCCGGGGCCACACAAGGGGAAGGCGCCACCGCCGCCGGGAGGGGUCCGGGAUCGAGAGGUCACCGUCGAGAAGGGGACUCGUGGGGGAUGUUAGCGUGCCUAUGCACGGUGCUGUGGCACCUCCCUGCAGUGCCAGCUCUUAAUCGCACAGGAGAUCCAGGCCCUGGCCCCUCCCUCCAGAAAACUUAUGACCUCACCCGCUACCUGGAGCAUCAACUCCGAAGCUUAGCUGGGACCUACCUGAACUACCUGGGGCCCCCUUUCAACGAGCCUGACUUCAAUCCUCCUCGGCUGGGGGCAGAAACUCUGCCUAGGGCCACGGUCAACUUGGAAGUGUGGCGAAGCCUCAAUGACAGGCUGCGGCUGACCCAGAACUAUGAGGCUUACAGUCACCUCCUGUGUUACUUGCGUGGCCUCAACCGUCAAGCUGCCACAGCUGAACUACGACGCAGUCUGGCCCAUUUCUGUACCAGUCUCCAGGGCCUGCUGGGCAGCAUUGCAGGGGUCAUGGCAACUCUUGGCUACCCAUUGCCCCAGCCUCUGCCAGGGACUGAGGCAGCCUGGGCCCCUGGCCCUUCCCACAGUGACUUCCUCCAGAAGAUGGAUGACUUCUGGCUGCUGAAGGAGCUGCAGACCUGGCUAUGGCGUUCAGCCAAGGACUUCAACCGACUUAAGAAGAAGAUGCAACCUCCAGCAGCUUCAGUCACCCUGCACUUGGAGGCCCAUGGUUUCUGAUCUCUGACCCUUAACUCCUGCACCUCCAGCCCCAGUCAGCUGUGCUUCCAUUGUGGAGUGAAAAAUCCUGUAUACCAACAUUUGUUGAGCCAGGAGACAGACCAUGGGAGCUGUGCCCUCCUCAGCCUUGGAUGGGGAGUGUAAUAAGCCCUCCAGCUCCUAGGGUCCUAGGGUCUGGGGAAAAGGUCCAGUGGGCACCAAAAGGUAAUGCCUGAGGGAGUUGAAUGGCUCAGUGGGUAUAAAGACUCUUCCUGCCUCCUGCUUUCUGCUUGCCACUUGCCAGUAUCCACUCAGUUCUUCAUGUGGCACUUGCAGAAACACACCUGGAGGGCAUGGGUGGGGGCCAUUGUAGCAUGCGCCUUUCUAGGAUAAGGCCCCUUGGCUUCCUUCCCUCUCCUUGGAUGGGUGUUGCUCCCCUACCCCAAUAACUACAUAUCCAGUUCAGGAAACAAAGCGACCAGUCUAAAGAAGAGUGUGAUAGUAAGUGGAGGGGGUAGGGUCUAUGCUGGAGGUGGCCUAGAAACCAGAAGAUGUAAUUCUAAAAGAGAAGGGCAGGGACAGACCAGACCCAGCAGUCACCAAGAUAAUUGGUGACACAGGGCGGAAAACAAAAGCCAUGUUGAACAUUAGGACCUUGCCUUGAAUUUUCUUGCCAGCAUCUUGCUGCCUCCUCUCUGCCCCUUUUCCCAGGAUAUCUGUGGUUGCCUGGGCUGGGGAGGGCAGCCAUAGUCAUAGCCACAGGGUUUCCUGAAAGUUUACAUUGCAGUAGCAUUGUGGGGUGGGGGUGGCUCCCCCAGGCUCUAUCCCCAGCCCCACCCACUCAUGACUCUAAGUUUGUUGUAUUAAUAUUUAUUUAUUUGGAGAUGUUAUUUAUUAGAUGAUAUUUAUUGCAGAAUUUCUAUUCUUGUAUUAACAAAUAAAAUGCUUUCCCCAGAAC